AUGUCCACCACAACCACCACAACAACCACCACGACCCUGACAGGGGCACCCACAGGACCCCGCGUCCUCUCCGUCUCCAAAUCCCCCACACACAGCAUCUCCAAAACCCCCGUCCCCUCCAUAACUCUCCUUCCCAACCACGGCGUCAGCGGUGACUGCCACGCGGGCAAAACCACCCAACACACUACGUCCACCACACCAUCUUCUACAGCCAGCAACCUCCGCCAAAUCCAUCUCCUCCCCAUCGAAUCCCUCCGUCACAUCUCCUCUACCUCCUUCAAGGGAAAGCAGCCCCUCACCCCCGGCGGAGUCGGCGAGAAUGUGACGACCGAGGGCAUCGAGUUGGGGAAUCUACCUCCAGGUACGGAGAUACAUUUCGGGGAUCAGGAUGGUGGCAACGGGGCAGUGGUUAUGAUUACAGAGGUGAGAGAGCCUGGACCGGGACUGGAUAAAGUGAGGCCCGGAUUGAGGGACGCGUUUCGGGGCGUGAGGAGAGGCUGGUGGGGGGUUUUGGGGGUUGUUGUGAAAGGUGGGGAGGUGAGGGGAGGGAUGGGGGUUAAGGUUGUGGUGAAGUAA